CAUCAUUCCACGAAUCCUGAAUGUCUUUUAUAACAGAAGUUCUAGCUGGAACAACUCCGAAUCAUCAAUUUUUACAACAUUUUGUAUGACUUUUAAACAAAAUUUUAAUUGGCCCAAUGAUUAAUGUAGAAUGCAAACUAAGUGUAAAUACAUAUUUUCUGCUACUUUUGAUAUCAAUAUUCUUCAUAUUUGCUGGUGGUGCCAAUCCCAAACGAUGCGAAAGGCCAUGGCGGACAUUUCGAAAUGUCUGCUUCCUGUUCGCUGACAACAACAAUCAAAAGUUUGAAGACGCACAAGCUAUUUGUUACAAGUUGGGAGGAUUCUUAGCAAGUAUUAGAAGUAGCCAAGAGCAAGGAUUUAUUAUCAAAACUGUCCAAGGAAUGGGAUCUUCUUUGCAAAGAGUGAGGUGGCUGAUAGGCUUAUAUCAAUAUGAUCCAACAGACAAUAAAGCUUACCGGUGGCUUGACGGCAGUGUGUCAAAUUUUCGGAACUGGAUGCCAACUCAACCCAACUCGGUAUACGAGAGAUGUACUUUGUUAGACGGUAGUAAUGGCUACAAAUGGAGAGAUGAAAUAUGCACCAACCGCGUCCUGUUUAUAUGCCGAAAAGAUCUUGAAAAAGGGGGAUCCAUGAAUUGCUUCAAAGGCCAUCCUCCAGCCAAGCAAAUAUUAGAGAAACCAGGCAUCAGUGUUACUGAAUGUCUGGAACACUGUCGUGGCCUGGGCUUCCCCUUAGCCGGAUCCAUUCCUAAUAAGUGCUACUGUUUAGGACCCGAGAAUCUCAAUGAUUUGAAGAUAGCAUCACGCCUCGAAUGCAACGGAAAUUGCCAAAAUCAACAUUGCGGAAAUAAGGAUUUUAUAACCAUUUACAAUCUCACAUUUUAUUCCGACACUGCAGAAUCCUGCGAAGAUUUAUCACAACUGGGAUUAUCAAAUCCAAGUACUUACGUAACUAAAUCUGGAGAAGAAGAAAAACUCCAAAAUUGUUUCAGUGAUGGUACAAGAAGUGGAAUUAUUAAGAAACGGAUCUCAGAAGCAACUCUAUGGACGUCAUUAUUGGAAACAAGUGAAAUAGGAGUACAGAAGAAGAUUUAAAAUAUUAAUAGUUGUGAGCACUUAGUGACUUCUCUAUGAAAAUAACAAACCUUUAAUUAAGUAUUAUGUAUCAAUUACAUAUACUACAAAAGCAUUGCUGCAUAUUUUGUAACUCGAAAUUGUAUAUGUAACGGGUGCGAGUUCAAUGUUUCAGGAAUUAAAUACUUCAUGUCUUAUUGCAAUGAUUUCAUUUUGUCUAUCAUGUUAAGUUUUCUUCUAUUGCAAUACUUCUGAAGGGGUUCGAAAGUAGAACAUUUUGAGGCAGUGAUCAGUGGUCUCAAUUCAGUUCCCAAUCACUUGACGUGGUGGGACCUUGAAAUUAAUGAGCUAUGUGUGGUUAAAUAUUGUUGUAAAACCGACUAUGGCUUCAUUAAGUACACUAUGUCUUUUGUUUUGAAC